GGCUGGCGCGCCGGUGCCGUCCGCGCGGCAGGGCUGAGGUGAUGUUGCUCUUCUGCCCCGGCUGCGGGAACGGGCUGAUAGUGGAGGAGGGACAGCGUUGCCACCGCUUCGCCUGCAACACUUGUCCCUACGUGCACAACAUCACCCGCAAGGUCACAAACCGGAAGUACCCGAAGCUGAAGGAAGUAGAUGACGUCCUCGGGGGAGCGGCUGCCUGGGAGAACGUGGACUCCACCGCAGGUGAGGGCCGGGUCAGGGCUCGGCCGGCCGGACCGUGUCGGAGCGCGGGCCGGGGUUUGCUGUUCAGAGUUGGUUAUGGAAGCAGUGCUGGGCCCGUGUCCGUCUCGGUGGCGUCCGGCGCGGAGCGGGGCUCGCGUGGGCUCCACGGCCCACACCGGGCCGGCCGGAGCGGGGCUCGGCUGGCGGCCACGCGAUGA